UCUCUCUUUCUCUCUCUAUAGAGCUGUGGAAACCCAGACCCAGCCAUAUUUUCUCUCUCAUAGAGCCCUUUUUCGUCUUUACAGACCCAAUCAAGAGAUCAGACGGCUCUUACUUCUCAAAAAGAAUCGUCUUCUUCCUCUUUACCCUGUAUAUCCCCUUUCGUAUUUAACCGCCUCGACCCCCCUUUUCUUUAUAUCUCUCUAGGGUUUCCCUUCUUUACUCGUUCUCAAUCGCAUUCACAGCAGCGCCCCUUUGAUUUCUCCGAUUAAGGAAUUCUUCUGGGAAUUGAGUUGUUGGGUGGGGAAUUAUUGGGAUUUUGUUGUUACUGUUAGUUUUCUUUAGACUGGACUGUUGGGUUUUCGGUAUUCUUAUGUUUGAAUGGCGAUUGAGAAGAACAGCGUUAAGGUUUUGAGAGAGGAAUGUGAAUUGUCUUCCAGGAGUAGAGAGAGUAUGUCUAGUGAAGAUGAUGAUGAUGAGCCUAUGAGGAGGAGAAACUCAACUGUUGAAUCUGAUGAUGAUGAUGAUGAUGAUGAUUUGGUUGAUGAUUAUGAUUCGGGUGCAGGAUCUGAUGAUUUUGAUUUGUUGGAAUUGGGAGAAGCUGGGGAAGAGUUUUGUCAGGUUGGUGAUCAGACUUGUAGAUUUCCUGCUGAAUUGUAUGAUCUUUCAGGUUUAGAAGAUAUUUUAUCAGUUGAUGUAUGGAAUGAAACCCUAACUGAAGAAGACAGGUUUAAUCUUACAAAGUAUCUUCCGGAUAUGGAUAAUGAAACGUAUAUGCAAACCAUGAAAGAACUCUUUAGCGGAUUAAAUUUUCACUUUGGAAGUCCUGUUGAUAAGUUAUUCAAAAUGCUGAAAGGUGGAUUAUGCGAGCCGAGAGUGGCUCUCUAUCGACAGGGUUUCAGUUUCUUUCAAAGAAGAAUCCAUUACCACCAUUUGAGGAAUUAUCAUAAUCAAAUGGUUUCUAAUCUUCAUCAAAUAAGGGAGACAUGGGUUAAUUGCAAGGGAUAUAGUAUUCAAGAGAAGCUUCAUUUGCUGACCAUAACGAAAAAUCAGAAGAGUCUGUUUCUCGAAAAUAAAGGAAAAUUGGAAUUCGAUUCCAAUGAAGGGUAUGGAUCGCAGGAAGCUUUGUGGAGGAGUAGUAGUAAAAAGGUGAAGAACUUCAAAGGAACUCCUCCGAUUGCAAUUGGGAAAAGGAACUCUUCCAAGAAAGACUUAUCGGCCAGUUCUAGUUCACAUUCAGCCUUUGCUCGACAGAAUAGUAAGGCAGUAGUAGGGUAUGGAUCGGGUUUAGCACUCGAUGAUGAUGAAUACACAAACGGGAGUCUUAUGGGGUUUCCGGUGCAUUUGAAUAAUAACAUGCAUUUUCUAGGAGGAGGGGGGAAGAGGACUGUGAAUCAAUUAUCAGAUAUUAAAGUCUUAACUGCAAAACCGUAUGAAUUUGGGAAAAAGGUCAAAUAUACAGAGGACGAUCACCAUUUUCUUCCUAAAGAUCAGAUGAAGUAUGGGAAGCGAACUGGUCUGAAUGAAUUAUCAGAUGUAGUAGCUGCUGCACCAAUAUGGCUUCACAAGAAAAAUGAAGACAUUUCUUCUGGUUCGAUUCCUAGAAGAAAGAAGUUCACCUAUGAGCAACAGCCUUCUUCCGUUAGAAGACGAGAUAGUACUGGAGUGAGGAGAGGUAAUAGAAUGUUGGAAAGAAAUGAGGAAACUGAAUCAGACUCGUCAGAGCAAAUCUAUGAAGAUGACAAUCCUUUGAUGAGUAAAGUGGCUUAUCCUUCAUCACUGAAAUCUGGUGCGAAAAAGACUAAGCUUGUUACGAGAGAUAAAAACGAGAAUGCUGCUGCUGCUCAGGUUCAUGUCGGACCUAGUCCCUCGAGAAAGAUGACCAAUCUUGAUAAGCAGCGGAGGAAAAUGCACGAGGAGAAUUACUCUGGUUUGGUUGAAGAUAAAUAUAUUAUGUCAUCAAGGAGGGUAAACAAUUAUAAUGACGAACCUGAAAAGGAAGUUGAAUUGUACAAAGAAAAGCAGCAUAGACAGUUCGAUGCCUUUCCUACAGACAGAAGACGUACUGAUUAUUCAUCUCCUCGAUCUAGUCACAAUCAUGAAUACGAUACCGACGAUGAUGAAACAAAUCACUUUGCUGAGAAUAACGGACUAGCUCAUAAAAAGAGUAAGAAAGGUCAAGCCAUCGAAACAUUUCAGGACGAUCAUCAUGAGUCUGGUAAUAUGCCAUUGUCAGUUUCAAAGAAGCGAAAAGUGCGAGAAGAUAUUUCCUACGGUCAAGAUGAGGAGACGCCUGUUUCUUCAAAGAAACAGGGAAAGAGGAAAAUCAAUGAUUUUGAAAUGAAUACUCCUGAGGCUGUGACACCGAUUUUGGAAACAGAACCGGUUUUGGUAAUACCGGAAAUGGAACCCAAACCACAGAAGAAACCAUUCAUUAUUAUUACACCUACAGUCCACACUGGCUUCUCGAUCUCAAUCAUACACCUUCUUUCUGCAGUUCGAACAGCAAUGACGAAUCCUAUUUCGGAAGACUUAGUUGAUAACAUUGAUAAAGUGGAGAAUUCCCCUCCAACGAAUAUCCCCUCCCUGGCGAUCCAAGAAAUCGUUAACCGUGUGAAAUCAAACCCUGGCGAUCCCAGCAUUCUCGAGGCUCCUGAGCCUCUUCAGGAUUUAGUAAGAGGAGUCUUGAGAAUAUUUUCUUCGAGAACCGCACCUUUAGGAGCGAAAGGAUGGAAGCCUCUAGUCAUGUACGAAAAAUCUUCUAGAACAUGGUCUUGGAUCGGUCCACUCGCUUACAAUUCGUCAGACCCUGACGCAAUCGAAGAAGUGACGUCACCCGAGGCUUGGUCACUCCCCCGCAAAAUGCUCGUGAAAUUAGUCGAUGCGUUUGCUAAUUGGCUUAAAAGCGGUCAAGAGACGUUUCAACAAAUGGGAACCCUACCCGCACCGCCUUUAGCCAUGAUGCAGGCCAAUUUAGAUGAGAAAGAACGUUUUCGUGAUCUAAGAGCUCAAAAGAGCCUCACCACAAUAAGCCCGAGUGCCGAAGAAAUACGAGAUUACUUCCGUAAGGAAGAAUUCCUUCGUUACUCGAUUCCUGAUCGCGCAUUCUCAUAUACUGCAAUCGACGGUCGGAAAUCGGUCGUCGCUCCUUUAAGAAGAUGCGGGGGAAAACCGACUUCGAAAGCUCGAGACCAUUUCAUGCUGAAACGUGACCGGCCUCCUCACGUUACGAUACUUUGCCUCGUCAGAGAUGCUGCCUCUAGGUUACCUGGCAGUAUCGGAACUAGGGCUGACGUUUGUACUUUGAUAAGGGACUCGCAGUAUACAGUUGAAGAUGUUUCAGACGCGCAAGUGAAUCAGGUUGUCAGUGGGGCCCUAGAUCGUCUGCACUACGAACGUGAUCCUUGCGUUCUGUUUGAUUCAGACAGGAAACUGUGGGUUUACUUGCAUAGAGAUCGAGAGGAGGAAGAUUUUGAGGAUGAUGGGACUUCGUCUACGAAGAAAUGGAAGAGGCCGAAGAAGGAUAGUGCGCUUGAUGAUACAUUUGAGCAGGAAAUGAUUACAGCAGGAGGAGAAGAACUUGAAGGUGGUGGCUUGGAUGUAAUUUCUGAUCCUAAUAAUGAUAAUGGUGAGCAGUUCGAUAUUGCUGAGAAUAACAGUCACGAGGCUACAGGUUUAAAUUCUUAUGGGUUCGAUUCUACACAAGGGAGUGGUGAAUUGUUACUAUGUCAAGAGAAUCCUGCAAACGGUGAUUUUGAUGAUAAAAAUAUAUGGCAGAAAACCGCAGACUGAUUCUGGAGGAUCUUUACUUUUCUCCCAUCCAUGUAAGUAAGUGGCAGUUAAGAAUACAUAUUCUACUGAAGAAGGUAAGUAAUGCCAUUCAAUGGUGGUUUGAUGAAUAGUUUAUUACAUGUAUAUACUUUUUGUUUUGGGUUUUUGGUUUCAACAAGAAAACGAUAAUGUUAUCUUAACAACAUCCAUCACAUUUGGAAGUUUUUUUCAAAUUGACUAUAGUUGUUGUUGGGAUCCUUCAUA